UUACAGUUACAGUAACAUGGUGAAGAAAUAAAGAGUUACAGUUACAAUCGUGAGUUGCCUCAGUAUAUAUUGCAACAGAUGGCUUAUUCAUUCUGUGGCUUUUCUGCUCAGCCCCACAUGAUGACAUUUUCCUUUGAAGUCAUUCGACCGGCCGACUUCCCUCGUCUUUUCCAGGGUAAGAAAAAGUCCCUCUGCCUCUAUUCUGCAGAGUGUGGGAGGACACGCUGAGGGAGCGUGGAGUGGAUCCGAUCAAUCCAGCCGGGAAACAAGAUUUUUAGGGGGAAAUGGCUCCUAAGAUGGAAAGCCACCACUUUUUUCUCGCAUGCUUGCUCUGCCUGUUUGACAAAGGUGUGUCUUCCAAAGGAUGGUCCAUGCACGUCCCAUCAGAGGUCGUCGGUGAGGUUGGCAAGUCCGUGGCUCUGCCCUGCACUUUCACGCAUCCCCACAAGAUGUACGAUCAGGCCCUGACUGCCAUUUGGCGCGUGAAGGAGCCUUUCAACGGGUUGGUGAUAUUCAAGUGCGUGACCCAAAACUCGAGCGAUCUCUGCAGGGUUACGGUUGGCUCGAAGAACCGAUACAAACUCCUGGGCAACCCGAGACAGAACAACCUCUCGCUCCAAAUCGAGAAUCUGAACUGGAACGAUACCAACCGAUACUUCUGCCGGGUUGAAUUCUCCGGUGAUGUCCAUGACAAAUACGAGAGCCGGUUGGGAAUCCAUCUCCGCCUCGUAGGUGUGUCUUCCAAAGGAUGGUCCAUGCACGUCCCAUCAGAGGUCGUCGGUGAGGUUGGCAAGUCUGUGGCUCUGCCCUGCACUUUCACGCAUCCCCACAAGAUGUACGACAAGGCCCUGACCGCCAUUUGGCGCAUGAAGGAGCCUUUCAAUGGGUCAGUGAUGUUCAAGUGCGUCACCCAAAGCUCGAGCGAUCUCUGCAGGGUUACGGUUGGCUCGAAGAACCGAUACAAACUCCUGGGCAACCCGAGACAGAACAACCUCUCGCUCCAAAUCGAGAAUCUGAACUGGAACGAUACCAACCGAUACUUCUGCCGGGUUGAAUUCUCCGGUGAUGUCCAUGACAAAUACGAGAGCCGGUUGGGAAUCCAUCUCCGCCUCAUAGCUGCUCCCAGGAUUAUAAAUAUCUCUGUCCAAGCCAGGCAGAAUCAUGACUUCCAUGCCAAGUGUACGGCCGAAGGUGAACCACUGCCCAUCCUAAUGUGGGCUGGUCCCCUGUCUGGAAAUGCCACCUCAGUGUCCAGCACAGGCCACCUGAUCACCAAGGAGCUUCAGCACUUGUCUCACGAUGGGAAAUACACCUGUGUGGCCACCAACAGCCACGGCAGAGCAGAAGGGACUGUCUACCUCUACAAGUUCAAAGCCGGAAGUGGGUCCUGGAUCAUGAUUCUCUUCUACGUAGCUUUGGGGAUCAAGUUUGUGGCCCUGCUGGUGAUCUUAGGGAUCGGGGCCUUUUACAAGGGAGAUAACUUUAUGGUUCCAACCAGCUUUUCACGACAACCGAGGCAAGAAUCUCCAUACAAAAACUUCAAUCGGAGAAUCAACUCCAUAAGUCAAAGUCUGUCUCCAGAAUCUAGAGUAACAAACACUUGUUAAAGAUCCAGAUCUUUCGUUUACUCUUUCUCCUUUUUCUUCUGAAGAAGGUCCCAUUCAGUUUGUCACCGUCACGUCUGUUUGUGACAAGAUCGCUGUGGUUAAAACCCGCAAUUGCUCAAUUUGAGUGCCAAUAAUGGAAUUACUGGUAUUUCUAUGGUGGAGAACCUGCAGUAGAUACAUCCAAUUCUGGAGUCAACGUAAUUUCUGAAUCCAUUCUGGUUGGGGAUGAUGAAAGAUUCAAGUCAGGACACCUUAAACUCACCACAUUUCCUGGGUUGCUAUGCAGGAUAUUUGAAUGUUGUAAAGUUCGGUGUUAAUUUGUUAUUAGUCCAAUCAGUGGUGCAUCUCUCUUCUAUUGGUACCGAAUGUUCACCCUAUCAUUUGUGGUUGCCCCAAAUAUGUUUUUUUUCCAAAA